CAUACAAUUUCGCAGCAGCGAUUAAAUACCAAAAAAAAAAAAAAAAUGACAUAAACAAAGAAUUAUAAACAAUUUGAAACUGAUAGCAACAACAGAAGAUAUCGGUUUUGAUUGCAUGGACCUCACAGAUAAUCGGAAUUGAAGCCAUCACAGUAAAGCAGCAGAGUUUAGACCACAGAAACUCACAUCGACAUAGUCCAGAAGGUGAUUCUGAUUCGGACAAAUAGGAAACAUGAGCCACAUUUACAGUCAGGAUCCGAACCAAUCAGACGAUGCAACACCGGACUUGGAGUCCUACACGGGAUUUGGUAACACCGCUGCCGAGGCGUUCAUUCAGAAUUUGGCUGGAAUGGUCAAUCAGGGCGAUGUGGAGACGAUGAUACGUGCUCAGAAGCAAAUGCUGCAGCGUUUCGAGAAAACCAAUGAGAUGCUGCUCAAUUGCAAUGCCCUGUCCCAGAGCCGUUUGAAAAACGCCAAUGAGGAUUUCAAACGUCACGUAAAGUGUCUGAACGAAAUGAAAAAGGAUCUGGACUAUAUAUUUCGAAAGAUCAGAGUUAUAAAACAGAAGCUGCAGCAGCAGUAUCCCGCCAUAUACGCAGACGUCCAGCCGCAGCGAAGCAGUCUCGCCGAGGAGGCUGAAGACGAUACCGACUCGAGCGCCAAGAAUCCUGUGGAAACGGUUGCACCGGCUGUCAAGGCCCCAGCAUCCACUGUUGCCCCGGGGCCCAAGAAAAGUGAAGCGACCAUUGAGUAUGUUCAGAUGGAGGAGGCUGUGGACAACGGCACCGUAGAGAUUGAAAACGAACUCAUUAAGCGGGUCUGUUCCGUAGAGACUGCGAAUCCCAAUGACUCUUCCGAUUGUACAUCGGAGGACACAGGCUAAGCGAUUUAUUUUUACCUUCAAUUCGCUUUAAAUGCCCCACUGGGCAUUGCAUUUAGAUAAUACAAAUAACUUAAAAUAUAAUCUGAUACUUAUACUGC